AUGGCGGUCCAGCGGGUGCUCAUUUACCUUUUGCGCCGGGAUCUACGCCUGUCGGACAAUCCGAUUUUCCACGAAAUAGACAGGCUUUCCAAACAAUCACCCAAACCCUUCACACAUGUACUCCCAGUGUAUGUGUUUCCUGCUCAACAGGUUGAGGUCAGCGGAUUCUUGGUCGAUGUCGAUGCCACAUCACCGUUUCCUGAAGCCAGAUCUGAGGUUGGAAAGUUUUGGAGGUGCGGCCCACAUCGGGUCAAGUUCCUGGCAGAAUCGGUCUGGGAGAUGAAAGAAGAGCUCGAAAAGGUAGGCAGUGGUCUCCUGGUUCGUGUCGGACUGCUAGGCCAGGUUGCGCAGGACCUCCUCCAUCAGUUUGAGCAGAAGCAGGGCCAGGCGCAUGUGUCGGCAGUCUGGAUGACAAUGGAGGAGGGUGUGGAGGAGAAAAGAGAGGAACGAGAAGUACGGAGGGCAGCUGAAAGAGCCGGAGUGGAUUUCAAGUUGUGGCUGGACGAGAAAUACUUCGUCGAUGACCGGGAUCUGCCGUUCGAUAAACCUACGGACCUACCAGAUGUCUUCACGAGUUAUCGGAAAUCGGUAGAGCCACUCCGGGAAGCUCCAAGGAGCCCUCUUCCUACGCCUCCUUCUCUACUGCCGCUACCCUCGUUCAUCCCCGACCAGGCUCCUCCGUUUGCCAUCCCCGAAACCCACGACGGACUGGAAGCGGCGUUAAUGAAGCCGCUCGAGGAUGAACCUCUCCUCUCAGAGCCUCCGUCAUUCCCCCCGGGGGUAACAUCCGCACACCCCUUUCACGGAGGAAGCAAGGAAGGACUCGGGCGUAUCCAAAACCUCCUGAGAUCUGGCGCUAUGUCUGGGUACAAAGACACCCGCAAUGGCCUGAUCGGGACGGAUUUCUCCACCAAACUUUCGGCCUGGCUGGCGCUGGGUUGCAUUACCGCGCGUCAGGUGCAUGCUCGGCUGUUGGAUUUUGAAGAAGGCCGAGACGAGCAGUACAAGUGUGCCGAAGGAUAUGGGAAAGGGGAGAACAGGGGGACCGCGGCGGUACGGUUCGAGAUGUUAUGGCGGGACUACAUGAGACUCUGUACCCGGAAGUUCGGCCCUCGACUGUUUCGUCUGCAAGGGUUUCGCAACGACGCCUCUUACCCGUGGAGGACACCCGGCGCGGGAGAGGGGGGAGCAGAAGUGACGCGCAUGGUACAAAGGUUCCUCGUCGGAACGACUGGCACCGGAUUGAUCGACGCCAGCCAGCGCGAACUCUUUCUGACCGGUUACACAAGCAAUCGAGCCCGACAGAAUGUUGCUAGUUACCUGGCUAAACACCUUGGCAUUGACUGGCGGAUAGGAGCCGAAUGGUACGAGGCCAACCUGGCGGAUUACGACGUUUCCAACAACUGGGGCAAUUGGCAAUAUGUGGCAGGAGUGGGCAACGAUCCUAGGGGACAAGCCCGUGUCUUCAACCCGGUCAAACAAGCUUGUGACUACGAUCCCCACGGAGAGUACUGUAAGGCUUGGGUGGAGGAGCUGCGGGCCUUGGAUGACCCCCAAGAAAUAUUCCAAGGGUGGAAAGUGGGUCAAGACAGAAGGGCCGAGCUGGGGCUGGAAGGCCUCGAGAUGGUGGAACGUCCGAUGGUCAAGAUCGACUUCAAAGUGGGAAGCAGAGGCAAAGGUGGCCAUGGAGGUGGUCGAUAUGGCGGCAGCAGUCGAGGGCGGACGAGUGGCGGAAGGGAUGGAGAUAAAGGACGAGGUGGCGGGAGCUCUGGGAGAGGAGGCUUUGGCGGACGAGGGAAGGGCGAUAUCAGGGGUCGGGGUUCGGGUUCGAGCCACAAGUUAGUUGUCGGUCGAUCGAGAGUGGUGGAUGAGGCUGCCACGAGAACCAGCACGGAUCUGUCCUGA